AAAUUUUCUCACUUCAACCCUAACUUAUCCUCUUAUAAAGUGUUACUUACGUUCGCUCGCUCGAUCCUUUCCUCUAGGGUUUGCUAAAGGAGGGAGGGAAGCUCACAAGUUCUAAACCCUCACGGUCAUCGGAUUCGUUUGCAGAGAUGGUGAACGUACCAAAGACUAAGAAGACAUACUGCAAGAGUAAGGAGUGCAGAAAACACACUCUGCACAAGGUCACCCAGUACAAGAAGGGUAAGGAUAGCCUUGCUGCCCAGGGUAAGAGACGUUAUGAUCGUAAGCAGUCAGGUUAUGGAGGACAAACCAAGCCCGUCUUUCACAAGAAGGCUAAAACUACCAAGAAGAUCGUGCUGAGGUUGCAAUGCCAGGGUUGCAAGCAUGUGUCUCAGCACCCCAUCAAGAGGUGCAAGCAUUUUGAGAUUGGUGGGGACAAGAAGGGAAAGGGAACUUCACUUUUCUAGAUGGGUUUUUGUGGUCAUUCAGUAUCACUUAUUUGUUCAUGUUUAGUAAGACAAUUAUUAGAUCUUUAAUAUUUUUGAAGACUUUCGCUCAAAGAAACGUAGCAGUGUUAGCAACCAA